CACCGCUUGUAGGCUUUUCGCUUUGCACAAAAAUGAGCUUCACCUCCACCUGCUGCUGCCAGUUGCCCUCUGCAGGCCUUAAGCUUUAGGGUUUGUACUCUUCUCUUUCGAAGGGAUCACGAUAAUCGCCGAAAUGAGUUUCCAGGAUCUGCAAAAUGGUAAAAGGCCUUCCUCCUCUGCUUCUGCAAUGUCCAGAAGUCCAUCCCAAGCGGUCGCCGCUGGUAUUUUCCAGAUCAACACCGCCGUUGCCGGUUUUCGUCGACUCGUUGAUUCCAUCGGAACCGCCAAGGAUACUCCCGAGCACCGCCAGAAGCUGCAUAAUACGAGGCAGCGGAUUCUGCAGUUAGUUAAAGAUACUUCUGCUAAGCUCAAAUCUGUGAGCGAAUCUGAUCGCGACGCUAACGUUAACCCAAGUAAGAAAAUUGAAGAUGCAAAGCUUGCAAGGGAUUUCCAAACCACAUUGCAGGAAUUCCAGAAAGUACAACAGCUUGCCUCUGAGCGCGAAUCCACUUACUCCCCUUCUCUUCCUGCAUCGUCUCUGCCUGUCGCGUCCGGCUCCGAAUAUGUGGCACCUGGGAUGGAUCAGGAUAUCCAACCUUUUCUUCAGAAGAGGCAAGAGGUUUUGCUUCUGGAUAAUGAAAUUGCCUUCAAUGAGGCCAUAAUUGAUGAAAGGGAACAGGGCAUUAGAGAAACACAAGAACAAAUUGGACAAGUGAAUGACAUAUUCAAGGAUCUAGCUGUUCUAGUUCAUGAGCAGGGUGUGGUUAUUGAUGAUAUCCAUUCCAACAUUGAAUCUUCUGCUGCUGCAACAACCCAAGCAAAAGUUCAGCUAGCAAGGGCUUCAAAAAGUGUGAAAUCCAGAUCCUCAUGGUGUUGGUGGCUACUGGGAAUUUUUGUACUGGCAGUGGUCAUCUUUCUCCUCAUCCUCAUUAUAAAGUAAAUGAGUACAUAUAUGCAGCUUUGGCUUGCCUUUCUGAUAUAAGUGUGUGUUCUGUGAUUUUUUUUUCCUUCUUAUUGUAAUUCUGAUAGUUCCUUUUUAAAUUAUUUAUCUAAUUUAGAAGUAUUAGAGUGGAAUGCUGGUCAUAAACUUUUUCUUUCUCCAAUUUUGUCCCUUUGGUUUGGUUUUGGUGAGCAACUGUGCUUUUGUACAUCUAUGAUUGUUUGUACUAAUUUAGUACUAGACAGAAUAAAUGUGGCUGUUAUUGUUUCUCA